AUGAAGUAUUUACUUUUCGCGAUUUCUAUUCUUCAAAUAGUUCAUUGUCAAAAACUCUAUGAACUAUUGAAUUCAGUGAAGUUCUUCAAUGAAGGUUGGAUAUCCAAUUCUGAUGCCUAUGAAUAUCAGUAUGAAUAUGCAUACUACACCGAACCUGAAAAUGUUACGAGACAACGAUUCUCGUGGAUGGAAUUAUACUCUCGACCGUAUUUAUAUAAACGAAAUCCAGAUCAACCAUUACAAUGCGAUCCAAAUCCAGUCUUGACCAAAACUGAUUUACCAGGUGCAGAUUUUCUCUCGAUCAUACCAUCGGCUAUGCUGAUCCAUCUGAAUGUAACAUCCUAUGCUGUCGUUAUGCAUCAUGUACUUCAUGGCCCUAUGCAUCAGCUGCUCCGUCCGAUUUCAACGAUUGUCGACAAGGUAGACCAUGCUGUUAUUUGA